CUGAGGCUGAGGGAUUACCAAGAAUUCCAGGCUAGCCUGAGCUACAUAGUCAGUUCCAGGCCAAUCUGAAAUACCUAAGAAGACCCUGCUUAAAAAAGAAAAAAAUCACCUUCCGUCACAGCAACCAUUGGAGAACAGUAGACAUGGCCCUCUGCUAUCCCAUGGCUGUGGGCCUCAACAAGGUCCCCAAGGUGACUAAGCAUGUGAACAAACCGAGGCACAGCCGCUGUCGCAGAUGUCUCACCAAACAUAGCAAGUUCAUGCGGAAUAUGAUCCAGAAGGUGUGCGGCUUCGCCCCCUACGAGUGGCACGCCAUGGAGCUGCUCAAAGUCUCCAAGGACGGGGGCUGGGGAAAUGGCUCGAACAAGCGCGCCCUCAAGUUCAUCAAGAAGAGGGUGGGGACGCACAUCCAUGCCAAGAGAAAGCUGUGA